CUGGGAGACGCUGGGAUGUGAGUCUGGUUCGUUUCUCCGGCUCUGCACAAACAUGAGUGGCCCCUAUGAGAAGAAGAUGGCCGUGUUGACCGACCUGAGCACCUCGUCCCACCCUGUGACCAAGGACUCGCCCACCCUGCCCGAGUCCAGUGCCACAGAUAUGGGCUACUAUAAUGGCCACCUCUCUACUGGGCAGCACGACUUCUUCCAGACUCAGGCUUACUCCCCAACCAUCAGCUCCUACGGCUACCCCCACCCUCCCCAUCCUCAGUACAACUUUAAUGGGCUUGUGGGCAACGAGAGCUUCUUGCCCAAGGACGACUACCAGUAUGGCUAUCGGCCGUUUGUCCAUUACAGAGAACCCCCAGUGCAGGAGACAGUAUCAGUGAAGGAAGAGCCCGAAACCGAAGUCCGGAUGGUUAAUGGGAAACCUAAAAAGAUCCGGAAGCCAAGAACCAUCUACUCUAGUUACCAGCUGGCCGCUUUGCAGAGAAGGUUCCAGAAGGCCCAGUAUUUGGCACUGCCCGAGAGAGCAGAACUGGCCGCCCAGUUAGGACUCACUCAGACGCAGGUAAAAAUCUGGUUCCAGAACCGAAGAUCUAAGUUUAAAAAACUCUACAAAAACGGAGAAGGUCCUGAUAUGGAGCACAGUCCAAAUAAUAGUGACUCCAUGGCUUGCAAUUCCCCUUCAUCUCCACCCAUAUGGGACAAUAGUGGAAGCCGAACCCCUCUGCAGCAGCAACAGCAGCAGCAAAGUCUUCCACAAUGCUCCUCCCCCUCCUAUCUGGAGAACUACCAUUCAUGGUACACUCAACAGAACCAAUCUGGGCAACAUCUACAACCUUCUGAAGUUACGCACCAACCUCCUCCCGAUACAGUGUAUUAAGUGAAAAAAGACACUGGCACUGAUUUCUCUUGGUGCCGUCCUGUAUUGUUUUUUUGGUUUGGAGUUGGAUGGCAGUCAAAAAGUUUGAAAAACAAUGUCACUCCAAGUCCCGCUUCGGGAUCAGGUGCCUUUUUUACGGUUAAAUGCCUAAAGAAUUGCUUGAUCCCUCAAAUGGUUUUGAUGGAUAAAAUUUUGGAGAUCCCAUUGUUUUAGAUGCUAAAGCCAGGUCACCAGAAGCUAAUCUUUCUUGAACCUUGGAAGACUUGUCUUUAGACUCCUUAAUUUAUCAUUAAUGAAACUGACAUUGAUGUGAUGUUCCAAAGUGUCACUUCUCAUGCUUUUAAGCCUAUCCUGACAACCAUGGGUUUUUUAAAAAAAAAAAAUAGCUGAAUCCUACAAUUUUUACGACCCUUCCUGGGACUCGUCGAUGUUUGACCAAUGUUUUAUCCUGUGCCUUAUUAAAUUAAGCUAUAUUUAAGUAGUAGGUUCAUUCUUUACUUUUUAAAAAAGAAGCAAAAUGUUCCAUAAUUCUACUGAAGAAAAUAAAGCUUCUAAAGUUCAUUCCGUCUCGGUCUACAUCUCCACAGCCUCACCAACUUCCAUAAGGAACCAUCAAAUGUCCCAGAGUCAAAGAGUUCCGAAAUCCAGUGCCAAUCCAUUGUAGAUGGACUUCUUUCCAGAGCUGCUGAUUGUGUAACUUGGUCACGUUCCUGUGUCAUGGAAAUAUUUAAAAAACAAAAAACAAAAAAAGACUAUGGUUGACCUUAACUUAUUUUUGUAAUAUUUUUUUGAGGGGAUGUUGUGUUUGCAAUGGGAGAAGAAGAUGGUGAGGACUAACUUUGAUUAGAAGACCUUGGGGGAGCAUGUGAAGAAUGUUAUGGUGAGAAUGCAAAUAAAUUGUUAUGGUAUUUUGCUGGAGAACCAGCAGAUUUGGA